AUGGCUGAAGCUUUUCUCACUGUUUUGUUUGAGAAGCUAUUUGAGAGGUUGAACUCUCCAGAGUUUGCCAACUUCUUCCAGGGAAAGAAAUCCAUUUGUGAGCAGCUGAGGGAGUUGAACCUUAAGCUAAAGACAGCUAGUCUAUUGGUCAAUGAUGCUGAAGAGAGGCAACUCAAGGAGCCGGAUGUGAAGGACUGGUUGGAUGAUCUCAAACAUGUAAUUUACAGAACGCAAGACUUGGUGGACCACAUUGACUAUCAACUCCUAUCCAACAGCCUGGGGCAUGAAUCUGGUACUACUGAUACAACUACUGUGCUUAUGAAAAUGAAGUUCUUCUUCUCUUCCUUGACUGAAUUUGAGAAAACUGUUCAAGUGGAGAUAUUUAAGAUCUUGGUUGAUAUAAAGUUUCUUUUACAGAAAAGAGUUCUCCUGGGUUUGAAAGAAGAUACUCAAAACACUAGAUCUUCACAAAGAUCAGUUGUUUCACUGAGAGAACAACAUCAUGUUCAUGUACAUGGAAGAGAUGAGGAUAAAGAUAAAAUAAUGGAAUGGUUGAUAACAAAUGAAGCAUUAGGUAGUUAUAAGAUUGGUGUGCUUCCAAUAGUGGGCACAGGUGGACUUGGCAAGACCACUCUUGCUCGGCUCGUUUACAAUGAUACAAAAUUAAAGGAACAUGGUUUCGAGCUUAAAGUAUGGGCUACUGUAUCGGCUGAGUUCGAUGUUAUAAAAGCAAUGAAGAUUAUUUUGCAUGCCGCUACUAAUUCCCAUUCCACUGCUGACAUUGAUGUUUCAAUUAAGGAACUUCGACGUAGACUAAAAGAAGCCUUGAGAGGCAAGAAAUAUCUAAUUGUUCUAGACAAUGUAUGGGAUGAAAAUGAAGACAACUGGGCUGUCCUAAAGCCAAUCUUCACAUCUGGUGCCUGUGAAAGCAGGAUUAUUGUGACUACACGCAGCCAGCAAGUUGCCAUAAUUGUAGGAACUGGAAAAAGUUAUGAACUAUCACAAGUAUCUCCUGCCCAUUGUUGGAAAAUAUUUAUUGAUCAUGCUUUCAAUGGAGAGUUGGACACAAAUAAACAUUUGCAAGAAAUUGGAAGGAUUGUAGUUGAGAAAUGCAAGGGCCUCCCGUUAGCUCUGAUAUCUCUUGGUGGCCUUCUAAGAUUCGAAGAAAAUUCAAACAAAUGGGAGAAGAUCUUAAGAAGUCAUGUUUGGGAAUGGUGUGAAAGCCAGAACAAUAAUAUUGUUCCAUCGUUAUGGUUGAGUUAUCGUUAUCCCCCUUCAUAUUUGAAACAAUGUUUUGCUUACUGCUCUAUGUUUCCUAAGAAUCAUGAAUUUGAGAAGAAAGGAGUGGUCUUAUUGUGGAUGGCAGAAGGCUUUUUGGAAGAUAACCAAUUAGAAAAGAGAUUAGAAGAAGUUGGAGAAGAAUAUUUUGACAAUCUAGUUUCAAGGUCAUUAUUUCAAAGAUCAAGUAGAGAUGACUCGAAAUUCAUCAUGCAUGAUCUGGUGCAUGAUUUAGCUAUGUUUGUCUCAGGAGAAUUCUGUAUGGCAGUAGAGGACGAUAAUAGCUUAGAGGUUCUCUCAAAUAAGACUCGCCAUUUAUCACACACAACAACAUCUGCUACUAACUGUGACUCAGUUAGGGAAGGUCUAUCAAGAGCACAGAAUUUGCGUACAUGGACAGAACUAAGUAUAGAAUCACGGAAUAAGAUGACUGUAGAAUUUUUUGUAGAAAGAAAAUUCUUAAGAGUACUAUCACUGUAUAGUUUUUCUCUAUCAUUUGUGUUGCCUGAUUCAAUCAGUAAACUUAAACAUCUGAGGUAUCUAGACUUAUCUCAAAAUAGUAUUAUAGAGUUACCUUCUUCUAUCUGCAUACUAUACAAUUUGCAGACACUGCUAUUGUCAUGUUGCAGAAGCCUUAGAAGAUUGCCAAAGGACAUGGGAAGACUGAUAAACUUGCGUCAUCUCGACACCAUUGGCUCGCCUCUAGAAGAAAUGCCUCCACAGAUGGGUAAUUUGAAGAAGUUGCAAAUGUUACCUGAAUUUGUCUUGGGUAAAGGACAUGACAAUGCUUCAACCAUUAGGGAGUUGGGAGAGCUUCAACAGUUGAGUGGAGAACUUUAUAUUUUCGGUCUGCAAAACGUAGAUAAUGUAAAUGAUGCUUUGGGAGCUAAUUUGAGGUGUAAGGAGAAACUGACGGGCCUAACCUUUUACUGGCUGGGUGAGACCAUGGACACAAGAAGAGAAAGCGAGGUACUUGAAGCACUGCAACCUCACACAAACUUGAAGAAACUCAAAAUUUAUUCGUAUGCAGGUUUUAAUUUCCCUAAUUGGAUUGGAGAUUCUUCGUUUUCAAAUGUAGUGUCAAUUCAUCUGAGUCAUAACAAAAAUUGUUGGUCCUUGCCAUCACUGGGGCAGUUACCUUCUCUUCAAAAUCUUGUGAUCCAAAGUUUUCAUGGGGUGGAGACAAUAGGCGCUGAGUUUUAUCAUGGCAAUAAUCCGUCCAAUAAUAUUACUCCAUUUCAGUCCUUAGAAACUUUAACUUUUCAUGACAUGCCAGCGUGGAAGGUGUGGUCCCCUGUUGGAGGCGAUGAUAGAGAUGGUGGGGUACUUACACUUUUCCCUUCUCUGAAAGAGCUUAGCUUGAAUGGUUGCCCAGUCCUGGCUGGGAGCUUACCCGAUCUUGACACAUUAGAGACUCUCCAUAUUUCAGGUGUAUAUGGUAGUUAUUUUCCAGAACCUCGUUCACCAACGAGUUGUUGUGCAAGAAACUAGAGUUCCCAGGGAGCCAUUGUUAUGUUUCUGUUACAGAGUUAAGAAUUCAAUACUGCGACGUGAUCAAGUCAUUCCCUUUAGACUACUUCCCAAGUCUAAAGAAGCUGAUCUUUUUUUAAUGUUCGAGUUUAGAAUUGCUUACCUUUUCAGAAGAAAAUGGCAUUUCAGAACUCCGUUCUCUCACUGUUUUGGAAUUCUACAAUUGUAGAAAUGUCAUGGCAUUGCCUCAACACAUGCACAAGCUUCUUCCAUCUCUUGCUAAUUUAAGAAUCUCCCACUGUCAAGAAAUAAAGUUAUUUCCUCAAGAAGGAUUGCCAUCUAAUCUAAAAGAGCUUCAUCUCUGCAGUUGCAGCCAACUGAUGGCACAGCACAAGCACUGGGGUCUGCAAGGACUAAACUCUCUCAACAAACUAAGCAUUUGUGGAUAUGAUGAUGAUGAUGUAGUGUUUGAUUCAUUUCUAGAGGGGUUGCUUCCCAUCUCUUUAACUGAAUUGUCACUGAAUUAUAUUCCAAACUUACGAAAACUAAAUGACAAUGCCUUUCAACACGUCGCAUCUCUUCAUAAGUUGUCGCUGCAAAGUUGCAUGAAUCUGCAAGUUUUGCCAGAACAAGUGGUCAUGAGCACUUCUCUACGCACUUUGUUCAUCGAUAGAUGUCCUAUUCUUGAAAAUAGGUACCGACCGAGGAGAGGGGAGAGCUGGCAUAAGAUUUCUCACAUUCCUGACAUAUCCAUUGGUCACUGGUCAAGUAAAUAUUACAGGACCGAAGAAGAUGAUGAAUGAGGACUACUCAGGGAUGGAAAAGAGACCAUCUCAUUUCAAUCUGCGCACAACAAAGUUUGUCCAAUGCAUGUAUGUGCAUAUAUAUGAUAUGUAAAAUCAUCUUUAGUUACUAAACUUGAAUGUGAACAAAUGUGGAGCUAUUUACAAGAGUUAAUGUAGUAAAGCUAGUUAGCUCAUUAAUAAGCUGUUGGAAAGACAAUGAAGUUUGCUAGUAAUUG